AUGUAGGCGUCAACACGCACGAGGACCUACUCCAUCACACGGAGCUCCCAUCAUUGCUAAUCUGGCGGCCAUUUUAUACGAUAAUAAUAUCAGGCUGUUUGAAGCUAUGUAGGUACCCGGUUCACAUACAAUGGAAGCUAUACGCUUUGUGACGGUUGGCAUGCUUCUGCUGCUGACCGUCGGAGGUGCCCCCUCUGUAUGGGCGGGCAAACCUCUCGAGGGGGCCAUGAUAUCCCCCGUGAUGAGGUCGGCUAUGUGGGCAUACCUUGGAAACGCUGGUUACGCCAAUCAACUAUGGCAAGCCGUCAACCAUGACUACUUUAACAGGCUCAAUUGUGGCGGGAAAAGAACAACCGAUGCAGAUUACGAACAGAAGUGCAGCCCCUGUGGGGAUGCUGCCAACUCCAACAGGCCAAAUGAGUACGGAGGAAAAUACUCCAUUGGCAAGGUAGUGGCACAAUAUCACGAGGGACAGCAUAUCAACGUCUCCGUGGAUAUAAGAAGUUUGAAUCCAGGAGGCACGUUCCGAUUCUCACUGUGUGUAACUGACAAAACCACAAAGGUAUCUCACUCCUGCUUCCAAACCCACGUACUGCGCUGGCAGAACACACAGAUCACACAAAUCCCUUCACCACACCAGCUUGGACUUGCGACAUACACCCUACAGCUGCCAUCGGGAGUCAGCUGUCAAAACUGUGUGAUACAGUGGCUGUGGAGAGAUGCAACGUCGGCUUGCGAUCCACAGAGCAGUACUAACUGUGGCCAGCAGACUGUCACCAACUGCGCAGAUGUCCAGAUCUUAGGUGCGGGGGUUCCAUUCUCGGAAAACUUCGACAAACCUAGGUACGAUGCUUACUCCAGUAUCUUUGAUCCGAUGGAUACACUUAAUGAUGACGGUAUUGGAAUACACACACCACGAUCCUCUCUUGAUCCCGCAAUUGCAAUCAAGCCAGGAGUAGGGACCACAUCUGCAGCAACGUCACCUGGCGGAUCCAUCCCCAUACUCCUUCCAGGUGGUACUCCUUCCACAAGUCCGUCAACUGGUGGAUCUAUUCCUAUCAUACCGGGCGGCGGUCUUCCCACCAGCACAUCAUCGGGCAAUUCGUCUUCCGAUGGUUCACCUCCGGAUACUUCAGAAAAGCUUGUGGACCCAGUCAGUGUCCUUUUGCCGGCUGCGGUAGGGACAUCCAGUGUUCUUGCGGGCGAAACAGGUAUCGGUAUGGCAUUGAUUCUAUUUGCCCUGUUCAUGUAUCUGUCACAGCAGCAGUUGAUACAAGGUGCUCCGGGAAUUGGAUCUCCGACGUCACCUACAUUCCUUUCCACCCCUUGGACGCAACAAACUUACUUGAAUCCAGCCAUGUCGUUUCAGCAGACAGCUAUUUCAAGAAGACCAGUUUUCAAUAGCGCUCCAAUGCCCUACGCGCAGGCCAUGAACAGUGGAUUUUCUCAAGGUGUAUCUGGAGUUGGUGGGAUGACAUUUCCUAGCAGUAAUUUCGCAUCAGGCUUGGCAAAUCAAGCAAUCGUCCCGUUGCCACAGUCUGCUUUUGGAAGUACUAGUACAGCUGUUUUACAACAACCACUCGUUAACAUGAACACGGUCCCUUUGUCCAAUAGUGUACCUGUUGGAAUGUCCCAGUCUGUCAUACCCACAAAUGUCAACACUGGCUUCACAACAUUCCAGUCACCAUUUACUAAUAUCCCUGUGGAUUUUUCACGAAGUACAGGUUUCGCCCAGCAAGCAUUUUUAGGGAAUGGUAUGGCUGCAGCAACGUCAAAUAUUCCAUUCAACAACAAUGGGUUCAGCGGUUCAUUUCAGCAGAUUCCACAGAGCAAUUCUGCAUUCGUGGCGAUUCCGUCACAGCAAUCUGUUAUCAGCGGUACCCUACCAACAUCUACAUCAUCUCUGUCACAGCCGUCCUUCCAAGCACCAUUCCUCACACGGCAAGAUGUAGUGAUUCCUCAGUUUGACCAGGAACCAUCCACAGUACGAGAGAGGGAAACAACGCACAUUCAGAUAGAUACCGAGGACGUACGCAGUUGUAAAUGUCAUGCACGUGUGUUCUUACUUACAGCACAUUGUCACGCGCUAUCAGCGCCAAAAUGUCUUGAAGACGACGCAUGUUACUGUAAGGAAGAAACACAGGUAUCUGCCACUUUCAACCAAAGGCAGCGACUGUCUUUGUCAUCUAACCGAAACCACGUUCGGAAAAUGACGUCGCCAGCACAUGGUAGACAAUUUCAGCGCCGUUUCAUGCUCUGCAACGUAAUAAACAAAUCCAGUAAAACUUUAAUUUAUCGUAGAUGCCUAUAUAAUGACUUCUGAUAUGAAGGAAUAGGAUCUUAAAUCUAAAUUGGUUUUAAAAUUUUCCCAUCAAUAUAAAGAUAUAAUAAACUUAUCGAAAUAUUUCUAGUGUUCAUUUAGAUAAAAGCAAUACUUUUGUGUCCAGGGUAGCAGAUUUCUGUUAGUUUAAUAAGUUCUUACAAACACGGGUCAGGAUCUGCAUUGUUGUUUUGCUUUGUUCUCUCUCAGUAUGCAACAGCUUAGAAUUUAUCACAGAUAAAUAUGCAACACUUCUUA